GGACUUCAAGUUCCCACUAAGCCACCAUGCAUUUGUUUGCUGAAGCCACUACAAAAUUCACACUUGAGCUGUAUAGGCAGCUCAGAGAAUCAGACAACAACAUUUUCUAUUCCCCGAUCAGCAUGAUGACAGCAUUGGCAAUGCUCCAGCUUGGAGCCAAAGGAAACACUGAACAACAAAUUGAGAAGGUUCUUCAAUUCAAUGAAAUCACCAAGAAGACAACAGAAAAAUCUGCACACUGCCAUGAGGAAGAAAAUGUCCAUGAACAAUUUCAAAAGCUUAUGACUCAGUUGAACAAAUCCAAUGAUGCUUAUGACCUAAAGGCUGCCAACAGUAUCUAUGGAGCAAAGGAUUUCCCAUUUCUCCAGACAUUUUUGGAAGACAUUAAGAAAUAUUACCAAGUGAACGUGGACUCACUCGAUUUUGCACAUGCAGCAGAAGAGAGCCAAAAGAAGAUUAAUUCCUGGGUGGAAAGCCAAACAAAUGGAAAAAUCAAAGACUUAUUUCCUAGAGGGAGCCUGAGCAGUAGCACUAUACUGGUUCUUGUCAAUGCAGUGUAUUUCAAAGGACAAUGGAAUCACAAAUUUGAUGAAAAGCAUACCACAGAAGAAAAGUUUUGGCUGAACAAGAAUACAAGUAAACCUGUCCAGAUGAUGAAACAAAGAAACAAAUUUAACUUCAUGUUUCUGGAGGAUGUGCAGGCUAAGAUUGUGGAAAUACCAUACAAAGGCAAAGAGCUAAGUAUGUUUGUCCUGCUGCCAGUGGAAAUCGAUGGUCUGAAGAAGAUUGAAGAACAACUCACUGCUGACAAGUUACUAGAGUGGACAAGAGCAGAAAACAUGCAUAUGACCAAGUUGUAUUUAUGUUUGCCUCGGUUCAAAGUGGAAGAGAAGUAUGACCUCCCAGUUCCAUUGGAACACAUGGGGAUGGUCGACGCCUUUGAUCCACAGAAGGCUGACUUCUCUGGCAUGAGCAGCACUCAGGGUCUCGUGGUAUCUAAAGUUUUACACAAGUCCUUUGUGGAGGUAAAUGAAGAAGGAACAGAAGCUGCUGCUGCCACGGGGGUGGAAAUCAAUAAAUUAUCUUUACAGAUACCAGAAGAUUUCUUUUGUGAUCAUCCGUUCCUAUUCUUCAUCAAGCACAGCAAGACCAACAGCAUCCUCUUCUUUGGCAGAAUGUCUUCCCCUUAAGUGAGGUGUCUCUGCCAUGCUUCCA